CCGGACUCCGUAGUUGCUGCUCGCAGUCUGUCUUUCAGCGGGUUCCCGGCCCCGCCGUUCCCAAUUUUCUGUAGCCCGCGGUUCGCCGCCCCGCUAGCCGCCGCGAUGCCGGUGUUUCAUACGCGCACGAUCGAGAGCAUCUUGGAGCCGGUGGCGCAGCAGAUCUCGCACCUGGUGAUCAUGCACGAGGAAGGCGAGGUGGACGGCAAAGCCAUCCCUGACCUCACCGCGCCCGUGGCCGCCGUGCAGGCGGCCGUCAGCAACCUUGUCCGGGUUGGAAAAGAGACUGUUCAAACCACUGAGGAUCAAAUUUUGAAGAGAGAUAUGCCACCAGCAUUUAUUAAGGUUGAGAACGCUUGCACCAAGCUCGUGCAGGCAGCCCAGAUGCUUCAGUCGGAUCCUUAUUCUGUGCCCGCUCGAGAUUAUCUCAUCGAUGGGUCAAGGGGCAUCCUCUCUGGCACAUCAGACCUGCUUCUCACCUUCGAUGAGGCUGAGGUUCGUAAAAUUAUUAGAGUUUGCAAAGGAAUUUUGGAAUAUCUUACAGUGGCAGAGGUGGUGGAAACCAUGGAAGAUUUGGUCACCUACACAAAGAAUCUUGGACCAGGAAUGACAAAGAUGGCCAAGAUGAUUGAUGAGAGGCAGCAGGAACUGACUCACCAGGAGCACCGAGUGAUGUUGGUGAACUCCAUGAACACUGUGAAAGAGUUGCUGCCAGUUCUCAUUUCCGCUAUGAAGAUUUUUGUGACAACUAAAAAUUCAAAAAAUCAAGGAAUAGAAGAAGCUUUGAAAAAUCGCAAUUUUACUGUAGAGAAGAUGAGUGCUGAAAUUAAUGAAAUCAUUCGCGUCUUACAACUCACUUCUUGGGAUGAAGAUGCCUGGGCCAGCAAGAAGGACACUGAAGCCAUGAAGAGAGCACUGGCCUCUAUAGACUCCAAACUGAACCAGGCCAAAGGUUGGCUCCGUGACCCCAGUGCCUCUCCAGGGGAUGCCGGUGAGCAGGCCAUCAGACAGAUCUUAGAUGAAGCUGGAAAAGUCGGUGAACUCUGUGCAGGCAAAGAACGCAGGGAGAUCCUGGGAACCUGUAAAAUGCUGGGGCAGAUGACUGAUCAAGUGGCUGACCUCCGAGCCAGAGGACAAGGGGCCUCACCCGUGGCCAUGCAGAAAGCCCAGCAGGUGUCGCAGGGUCUGGAUGUGCUCACAGCAAAAGUGGAAAAUGCAGCUCGCAAGCUGGAAGCUAUGACCAACUCCAAGCAGAGCAUUGCCAAGAAGAUUGAUGCUGCUCAGAAUUGGCUUGCAGAUCCAAAUGGAGGACCAGAAGGAGAAGAACAGAUUCGAGGGGCUCUGACUGAAGCUCGGAAGAUAGCAGAAUUAUGUGAUGAUCCUAAAGAGAGAGAUGACAUUCUACGUUCUCUUGGGGAAAUAUCCGCUCUGACUUCUAAAUUAGCAGAUUUACGGAGACAGGGCAAAGGAGAUUCCCCAGAGGCCCGAGCAUUGGCCAAACAGGUGGCCACAGCCCUGCAGAACUUGCAGACCAAAACCAAUAGAGCUGUGGCCAACAGCAGGCCCGCGAAGGCAGCUGUCCACCUGGAGGGCAAGAUUGAGCAGGCACAGCGGUGGAUUGAUAAUCCCACAGUGGAUGACCGGGGCGUUGGUCAGGCUGCCAUCCGGGGCCUUGUAGCCGAAGGGCAUCGUCUGGCUAAUGUCAUGAUGGGGCCAUAUCGCCAAGAUCUUCUUGCAAAGUGUGACCGCGUGGACCAGCUGACGGCCCAGUUGGCUGACCUGGCUGCCAGAGGGGAAGGAGAGAGUCCUCAGGCGAGAGCCCUUGCCUCUCAGCUCCAAGACUCCUUAAAGGAUCUGAAAACCCGGAUGCAAGAGGCGAUGACUCAGGAGGUGUCCGAUGUUUUCAGCGAUACCACAACUCCCAUCAAGCUGUUGGCGGUGGCAGCCACUGCGCCUCCUGAUGCUCCCAGUAGGGAGGAAGUAUUUGAUGAGAGGGCGGCUAACUUCGAGCACCAUUCAGGAAGGCUUGGUGCCACUGCGGAGAAGGCGGCUGCUGUUGGAACUGCUAAUAAAGCCACAGUGGAAGGCAUUCAGGCAUCAGUAAAGACGGCCCGAGAACUUACACCCCAGGUCAUCUCAGCUGCUCGCAUCUUACUUAGGAAUCCUGGAAAUCAAGCUGCUUAUGAACAUUUUGAGACCAUGAAGAACCAGUGGAUCGAUAAUGUCGAGAAAAUGACAGGGCUGGUGGACGAAGCUAUCGAUACCAAAUCUCUGCUGGAUGCUUCUGAAGAAGCAAUUAAAAAAGAUCUGGACAAGUGUAAAGUAGCCAUGGCCAACAUCCAGCCACAGAUGCUGGUCGCCGGGGCCACCAGCAUCGCCCGCCGGGCCAAUCGUAUCCUGCUUGUGGCCAAGAGGGAGGUGGAGAACUCGGAGGAUCCCAAGUUCCGCGAGGCUGUGAAAGCCGCCUCUGACGAAUUGAGCAAGACCAUCUCUCCCAUGGUGAUGGACGCCAAGGCUGUGGCCGGAAACAUCUCUGACCCUGGCCUGCAAAAGAGCUUCCUGGACUCGGGUUAUCGGAUCCUGGGAGCUGUGGCCAAGGUCAGAGAAGCCUUCCAACCUCAGGAGCCUGACUUCCCACCUCCUCCUCCGGAUCUCGAACAGCUCCGUCUGGCCGAUGAGCUUGCUCCUCCCAAACCACCUCUGCCUGAGGGUGAGGUCCCUCCGCCCAGGCCCCCACCACCAGAGGAGAAGGAUGAAGAGUUCCCUGAGCAGAAAGCCGGGGAGGUGAUCAACCAGCCAAUGAUGAUGGCUGCCAGGCAGCUCCAUGAUGAGGCUCGCAAGUGGUCCAGCAAGCCAGGUAACCGGGCCGCUGAGGUGGGUGUAGGUGUUGUAGCUGAGGCAGAUGCGGCCGAUGCUGUUGGGUUCCCUGUCCCCCCUGACAUGGAAGACGAUUUCGAACCUGAGCUGCUGUUAAUGCCAUCCAAUCAGCCGGUCAACCAGCCCAUUCUGGCCGCGGCUCAGUCCCUGCAUCGGGAAGCUACCAAGUGGUCUAGUAAGGGCAAUGACAUCAUUGCAGCAGCCAAGCGCAUGGCUCUGCUGAUGGCUGAGAUGUCUCGGCUAGUAAGAGGGGGCAGUGGUACCAAGCGGGCACUGAUUCAGUGUGCCAAGGACAUUGCCAAGGCCUCAGAUGAGGUGACGCGGUUGGCCAAGGAGGUUGCCAAGCAGUGCACAGAUAAGCGGAUUAGAACCAACCUCUUACAGGUAUGCGAGCGAAUCCCAACCAUAAGCACCCAACUCAAGAUCCUGUCCACGGUGAAGGCCACUAUGCUGGGCCGGACCAACAUCAGCGACGAGGAGUCUGAGCAGGCCACAGAGAUGCUGGUUCACAAUGCCCAGAACCUUAUGCAGUCUGUGAAGGAGACCGUUCGAGAAGCAGAAGCUGCUUCAAUCAAAAUUCGAACAGAUGCUGGAUUUACACUACGCUGGGUUAGAAAGACUCCCUGGUACCAGUAGGCAGCUGGUCAAACGUGGUUGGCACAGAAACCCCUACUAACUAGAAUGAAAUGAUCUGAGUCCCAGAAGAUGCCGUGAAUUGCUAGGGGGUUAUUGGCCAUAUCCUGGCCUGACAUAACAGAAAGGAAUGGGGCCUCUUCACUUUAGAAACCAUUUAUACUCUUGUCAUGGACACUUUGAAAUGUUUCUCCGUAUAAAGCCUGUAUUCUCCAACACAGUUAUACUCGUGCACACUCUAUCCCAAUAGGAAGGCUGGGUUUCUAGCCCAUGGACUUCACAUAAGCUCAGAAGCCAAGACUGAACACCCUGCUCUGCCCUCGUUCCCUGGGGGACAGUUCCUCUUCUGCUUCCUUUUCUCUUCCCCCUCCCCUCCAUUCCUCCCCACCAGGGUCCCAAGACCCAGGCCCAGGCAAGUUAGUUAAGAAGGAAAUCACUGUGCCUCCAAAAUUUGUUUUGGCUUUCCGUGUUGCUCCUGACCCUGGCUGUGCUAUCUGGGUCCUUUUCAGAAGUGAGCUUUGCUGCUACAAGGGAAGAUGGCCUCUGGGGAGCCCCAGCGCAUGGGGCCUGGAUUCACCUCUUGCCCUUCCCCAGGUUAAUCCUUCUCACUUCCCACAGUGCAAAACCAAAUUUCACUCUCAGGAGGAAAUCACAGAAUCACACAAUUCUGUCUUUACCUUGCCCCUGAGCAACGUCUGUGCUAGGGAAGCUUCCUAUCCUAUAAUCCGCCUUGGCCUGUGAAGGUAGCCAUCCCACACACUGUGUGUCCUGGUGCUCUCUGCCGCCGGGGGGGCAGAGUAGCCGGGCGAGGCCCUGCCCUUCUUCCCGGCAUGGCCACUCUCAGGCGCCUCAUGCUUUGUCACUGCCUGCAGAGAUCUGUGCUGAGGCCUUAUCAUUCAUUCUUAGCUCUUACUGUUCUUUCUGAGCUGUAAUGCUGCAUUUAGUUUUUAACCAAAUCAUGUCCCCAAUCCUGGCUUUUGUAUUCUUCCCUCAUACCCUUCCUAAACAAGAUUUUAAAGAUAUGUGUUUGUUCAUUGUAAUUUUGAAAGAUCCUUUUUAUCCUUUGGAAAUUCACCUAAGAAUUGGUGCUUGCCCCCCAGGAAUGUUUAAUAGAAAGGCAAUCCUGUCUGAAGGGCACUUCCUACCUAAGGGAGAUUGGUACUUGCAGUCUGGAACUUUGGCACCGUUGGGGAUGAAUCAGUGGGAAAUAGUGCUCAGUAUAUUCCUACCUCCCUUAACCAAGUCCCUGUUAUCCCUUCCUCCCUCCCAAGUACAAAUGCUCAUGAGUAAUGGAUAUAAUAUUUAAUUAUUACCCUAAGUUUCCUAUUAGCAAAGUGAGAGAGAGUUUUUCCUUUUCUGCAUUAUCACUGCUGUCUAAGCAUUGCCCAGCACAUGAAAUCCUACUUCUUCCCAAAGCCAGAACUGGAUGAGUAAAGGAGUAAGAACUUGCCUGAAUGUCCUUUCUUCUCACUUCCAAUGUGUGUUAAAUCCCAACAUCUACUGUGUAAAACUUGUCUUCAGUUGGUACUGUACACUCAGGCUUCCUCUAUUUUCUUUUAACUGAUGAAUAUUAUUUUCAAGGCCCUCAGCAUAUUUGUAUAGUUGCUUACCUGAUAUAAAUGCAAUAUUAAUGCCUUUAAAGUAUGAAUCUAUGCCAAAGAUCACCUUUUAUUUUAUGAAAGAUUACUUAGAGGAAAUAAGAAAAAUCAUGUCUGCUCUCCAGGUUCUUCCAGUGUUUUGAGACACUGGUUUACACUUUAUGCCGAUGUGCUUUUCUCUAAUGUCAGUGCUCAAGACACAGUGAAACAAAUUAAAAAAAAAAAAAAAAAAAAAUCCCUGAAGACUGAUUAGAGACAUCAUCACAAAAAAACUACAAUUUAUAAGCUAGGAUUUGUUAUAUGCAAUUAUUUUUUGCCUCUUCUUUUCUGUUUAAAACAAUAAAGUGCAUUUGUAUAAAUAAUGCUCUAAAUGAUGGGUAUAUUAUUUUAGCAGAAACAUUUAGAUCCGCUUUCUCCUUUGUUUUGAAAAAUAGCCAAUGAAACUAAUCCUCAGGAUCUCGAAACCAAAGAGGUUUAUUUAAUCCAUGUGUUUAACCGGCUGAACAGCAUGCAGUACUGUAUAGCAGCAGUGUAUUCACCUAACAAGGGUCUGUGCGCUGAAGCCCGGCUUUGGGGAUUCUACACCAGGAGGAGGUGACAGGCGUGAACAAGAGGAGGAAAACACCAGAUGUGGACCAUUCUCUGGCUGAAGUAGUCUGUCGUCAUCUUAAACACCCCCAGCUAGUCAUGGGGACCGUCACCCCGACAGGGCCGCAGCUGUUACAUGUACAAGAAUACCACGGGUCUGUCGCUUUUAUAUUUCAAGGCCCAAGGUAGAACGAUAGGGCUGUCAGAGAUCCACUAGGACUAGAAGGCCGAGCUAGCUUUGGGGACAUAUUCCUCUUGCUUGAGGAAGCACAGACCAAAAGUAGGAGCAGGUACUUGGGAUUAGAAGGGACACAUCACUGUUUUUGCCUGAUUUUCUGGAUCUGAAAGGGGAUCAUUAAAGAGAGAGAGCUGCGGACUACAUUUAUCCUGAUUUAGAAGCGUUGCUGACCAGGGAGGCAAGAUUCCAGACUGCUGAGUUCAAGAAAAAUGUCCAAGGCUACAGAAUGAGCUCGGCAGUAUCUGGAAACAAAUUCUGGUCUCAUUUUUGUUACUCACCAUAUGUUCAUGGGUGCCACCUUCCUGCUGCAUUAAAUUUUUUAGUUGUUUUCUGAAAUCAGAGGACUCUAAGAACAGUGAAGACCAGCAUCUUCCAAGGGUUGUUCUACUGUACUUUAGGGAUGAACCCAUCACAUGAAUUCUCUCUGAAUGAUGGUAACUUCCUUAUGCAGAAAAUGAGCAUCUUCAUUUGCUCUUAGGAGAUCUCCUUUAAGAAUUUAUAAAAAGGGGCCAUUCUGAGAUUAGCUGGAUUCUGUGUCUGAAAAAUAUUCUGCUACUACUAAGUAUUCAUGGAUCUUUGUUAUUAGUAGGUGGUGGUGGUGAUAGGGAGAGUAACUUUGAUCACUUGCUGCUCAGUCUCUGGCCAGAGGGUGAUGCUCAGAGAAAGUAUCUGUGGCUGUUGACACACUGAGGUGAAGAGAGGAGCACUUGCAAGUGCUUUGCAGCAACCAUUACACCUUAUGUGAUGAUACAGAACAGAAUCCGGUCACGGUUAGCCUGCUGUGACGCUGACGCGUGCCCAUCUGAGAACGCUCAAUCAACAGUCAAGCUAAAAAAUCAACUUGUUGCUUUCACCUUUUUAUUGAUAGUAUAGCCAGAUUAGAGAAAGGAUUUGCUGGAUUCAAAUUAAUAAAUACAAUAAUUGUAAAAGGAAACAGCCUACUUGGAAGAUAUAGCAGAAAUUGCUAGAGACAACGGGCUCUUGGCAUAUAAUCUGCUUUUUUAUAUACAAGAGAAGGUAGCACAGAAAGAAAAUUGGACAGUCCAGAUAUACAUGGUUGAGAUUAGGGAUUCUGUGGAAAGAAAAGCAAAUGUACUGAUUGUUCUUUUGAGAUAGGACAUUAAAAGACAUUAAAAAUUAAAGCAAUCAGACUGGGUAAUUAGCCUUAGGCAAAGGAAAUAGAUAUUUGGCAACAUCUUGAUUUUAGCUGCCAAGCUGAUUUGGUUACCCAAGAAAUUUCAAAUUUGCAAAAAGUGCCAUUUCCUAUUAGACGAAAGGCGGGCUGGGUACCCUAGGCGGGCAAAGGUGAGAAGGCUGCUGUCUGGUGGGCUCUCUGUAGCAGCAGCGACCACUAGCCCUUGACAGCAGAAUGGGAUGAAUUUAAGGGCCAUUCUUAGCAUUACAUGGAAAAGGGAGUUACAAGCCAAGACGAAAGGAGAGAAUGGAGUCAGUCAUAAGAAGAAAACAGCAUAAGCAAGAACAAGUGGGAACCAUGAAGAACAAGCACUUGUAUCUCUCAGCCUUUCUCCAUUCUUUGUGUCUAAUGAGGCAAAAUGACUGGGCAAGGACUUCAAAGCCAGUGAAGUUUAGUGAAAGGAUACAACCCUAGACUGACUUCCCAACCAAGGUGAUGGUUUUGUCAGUGUUACCGAGGAUCUUGUUACUGCCUCAAUAUCAUAUACUUCCAAGUCAGUACAGUGGAGACGUUCAAAUAACAAGGAUGACAAGUUUCAGGAAGGAACCUAUUGGCCACUGUAGCCUUGGGAAGCACAGACUAUGAAAAGAGAGCUCCCCCUUAAGACAAGGGACGCAGGUAAAUUCAAGACCUUAAGAACAACAAUAAAAAAGAUAAAAGAGUAAAAAAAAA